AUGAAUAUCUUGGAUCUUCCCGAGGUGAUUAUUAGGCUUGUCACUAAAAGCCUGUACUCUGCAGAUGAUCGACUUUCGUUAGCUUUAACUUGUAAGUCGUUUUAUUAUCUGGUUAUGCCAGCAAUAUAUUCCAACAUAUUAGUUGCUGAUUAUAAAGUUCACCAGGUGUUCAUUCCUAGCUUUGAAGAGACACCUUACACAAUUUGCAGAUUGGAGCAUUUAUCCCUAUUUGUGAGAAGUCUUAGCAAAAGCCAUAAUGUUGCAAAGUAUAUAAGAAGAAUAUAUGUCGAUUGUAACUUCGACUUUUGCCGGAUGGAUGACAUGCAGGAAUUGAUCAAGCUCCUCUUGGAUUGGAAGGAAACACACGCAAAUUAUCCUUUGGAAUACCUAAAGUCGAUCAAUUUCCUUAAGCAUGAUUUCGGGGUUAUCGAACUAAUAAAGACGUUCAGCUCAUCUUAUGCCACUGACCCUUGCAUGCUCUAUGAAAAUGAUGAUUUCGAUUCCUACUAUGAGCACUUCGAAGAAACUUCCAAUCAAAAUCGUAAAACAUUACCAUCAUUAGAAAGCUACCAGUUACGCAAUAUGGAUGAAGUGCUUUUACUUUCCAGCCGUUCCAGACUUCGUCUUCAGGUAAAUAUUUCGCAAAAUAGUCUAUCUAAUAGGAAAAUUUCAUUUCAAAGGUUAUCUCGGCACAUUUCGAGGCAAAAUAUCACAUCCUUGGAAUUCGUGAACCAAUCCUCAUUAAUUACUUUUUUUUCUGCGUUAUCUAAAGGGACUGAAAUAUUGGAAGCCAAAGCAAGCCUUCUUCCAAACUUGAAACGGCUUUCCAUCACAAUAUCGGACAUUCGAUAUUUUUCACAUUUGCCAAAGCUUAUUGACUGUCCAUCCCUUGAAGAUGUUGAAUUACGGAUUUCCAAGUUUUCCGUUUUACCUGAAGACGAAUUUAAAAAUAUUGGUGCACUUGAUUUCAUAAAUACAGUGCUUCAUUCAGAUAUUCAUAGACUCUCAUUAGUGAAUCUUAACCCCAACAAUUUAUUUGAGAAUGAUUCAAUUGCAAGUGAGACGGUGUUUCACGAUUCAAAUCUUUUAUAUUACAUAAGUAAAUAUGCUGAACUCUUUAAUUCUAGUGAAGCCACCGCUAACAUUGAAUACUGGCUCUUUUCCAUGAACAACUUUUUCCACGUCCCUCAGCUAUACACGCCUGGAGCAGAUGAUGCAUACGAAAAUCCUUUCCGCGUCACAAAUGAAUAUAUCACUGAUAAGGUCGUCUUUUUCAAGAAAAUGCUUAAUUUCCCGAAUGUCAAAACGCUAAUCAUCCCAGAUUAUUUAUUCAACUGGAAGCUUUUUCUUACAUUUGAUGAUGAUGUAAGAGAAAAUCAAAAUAUUGGUAAUAUGCACAAAAUAUUUGACAAAUGUCGAUGCACAAAAUGUCAGAAAGCACGGAUUGAUGUGCCUCCUGGAAAUGAAGGCAACAACCUAUUGCAUACAUACUACAAAGUUGCUUCUCGAGAUUUGUUCCAAAGAAUGCCUAAACUUCAAAGUACCUUUGGUAUGAAUUUCUUUGAUAUUCCAUUUCGAGAAGACAGCACUUACACUUCGUGUACGUGUACAAGGACCUUAAUCCAUAAGUCAAAGUUAUUUUUGCUUCAUAACAUAAAGCAAGAUAUCAUUGCACUUAUCAAGAAGCAGCCAAAAUUGGAGACAUUAUGCCUUGGGGGAUAUCUAUUCUUUAUCCGUAGGCUUUAUAAUUGUGUUCGUGUGUUUGAACCAUACGAAAAAUGGUCAUUUGUGUUUUAA